AUGGAACAGGGGCUAUUGAGUACACGACCGGUAAAAGUAUCAUUCAAACAACACAUUCAAUAUCUUCUACCGUAUAGUGACAAACGAUUUGAAAGGCAUCAUUCUUUUAUGUUUGUAGUGUUUAACAUCCUGCAAAAACGUAAUGUCUGUUUUAAUGCGCGUCUGAUGGUUUCAAAUCCAUAUUAUAAAAACGCUGCAAAUCAAAUUCAACAAUUAAUAAGUCAAGAUAUUCUAAAAGCCCUCGGCAAUAUUGCAAAAAAUACUUAUUCGUCAGAGGCUAAUCCAAAUCUAAAUACAUUACUAAAACAAAUUAAAACCGUUGGAGGAAAAGUGAUGGGAUCACCUCAAUCACGUGCUGCUCUCAGAACAGAAAUUCACUCACUCAUUUAUAGCCAAGGUCUUCCUAGCAUAUUGAUGACCAUCAACCCGACCGACGUUCACAGCCCUAUCGCAUUAUACUUCGCUGGUGUCAACUUGAACAUCGACCAUAUACUAACUGAUUCUUUCCCAUCCACGUUUCACCGUGCGCAGAUUGUAGCGUUGCAUCCAGUGGCAGCAGCCAAAUUUUUCAAUUUAUUAAUAACAAACAUUUUGGAAACAUUAGUCAAAGGUGGUGUUCUGGGCCCGAUAAAAGCUCACUAUGGAACUGUUGAAACCCAAGGUCGUGGAUCGUUACAUCUUCAUAUUUUAUUAUGGCUUGACCACAACAUGACACCAUCACAAUUAAAAGAAAAUAUCAAAGAUCCCGAAUUCAAAGAAGGUCUCAUUGAGUAUUUGGAAGAUGUAAUCAAGGAAGAUUUGGACCAAUUCAGACGAGAGGAUGAUUCCACUACUACUCAAGAAGACGAAGAAUUUGCAGCUAAAUAUCAUCACUAUCCACCGUGUCGUCCACCUCCUCCUUAUCCCUGGGAUUACUGCUACAAUAUUUCUCGUCAUAAUUUCGCUGAAUUUAAAAAACAAGUAUGUAGUUGUGUGACACCAAUAUUCUGUCCGCAUGAUCACAAUUAUGUCAAUUCAGUACUUCCCAUUACAUGCGAUUAUCAUACUAUGUUCCCGUCACCACUCAAAAAUGUUCAAGAGUCCACUAUUGUGCACUGGCAAGCCGAUAUAACCUCAAAAGAUCCUCCAUUACUAGCUGCUUGCUUAAAGACGCCCGCUCUAUGUUUGCACAACUUUCGACAAUUAUUCAAAAAAGAUGUGAUUAAUUUAACUGAACAAACGUUAGUACCAGAAACAACGAUAAAUGCUGAAACUGGACAAAUCAAAAUGAAACGCAGUCAUGAAACUAUAAAUAAUUUCAAUGAAUUUAUAAUCGUUGCUUGUCGUUCAAAUAUGGACAUAAAAUUCAUAUGGAGUGGUUCGGAUGCGAAGGCAUUAGUCUAUUACAUUACAGAUUACGUUACUAAAACCAGUUUAUCAGCCCACGAUACCUUUUCAUUGGUUCAUAAAGCCAUGAAAUCGAUCGACAAGCACACAACAUCGGGCGCGACUGAUGACCUCCAUGAACGAUCUCGCAAAUUAGUGUUGCGAUGCUAUAAUACAAUAGCAUCACAACAGGAACUAUCCGGAGUUCAAGUGGCGUCGUAUCUCAUGAACUGGCACGAUCAUUAUACAUCUCACAAAUUUGAAAACUUAUUCCUGAUCGGUAUUGAAAGUUAUUUAGAAAAAUCCUUGCACGAAAAACGAAAUUCUGAAGUUACAACCGCAAACAGUACAACAAUGGACGUAUCAUACACCGAGGAAAACGUAAAUGUGAAAGAGGUGGAAACGAAUGAUCUUAAUGAACAGUUUUCAAUUGGACAGACCAACAUUCCGAACAACUAUGCGUUGGUUAACAUGCGAAUUGAUUACCAGUAUCGCCCCAGUGAAAUAACCGAGACGUGUUUAUACGAUUUUAUUGGUAUGUACCGUAAGAAAAAAGUUGAUAAAACGGACAAAACAUAUUUCGACAGUCAAGCAGAAAGUAAACAAUCUGGAUCUCAAAUCAAAAAACGUGGCCCACAACCAAAUCAAAGGCUGAAAUUCAAAGAAAAUCAUCCGCAAUACGAAUCUCACAUCUUGAUCCAGCGUACAGGUACGGUUGUACCCGUUUUGAUUGGACCUCAGAUCCCUCGAAAAGAUCGAGAAGACACGAAAGAACGAUAUGCUCGUGCCAUUCUGAUAUUGUUUUUACCCUGGAGAGGUGUCGAUGACUUAUGUCAAGCUGGUAUUACAAAAGAUCGGGACGAACAUUUAAUUCAAGUUAUUGAGCAAACAAAAGCAGCGGAUGACAAUAUCGACUCGGUCUAUAUACCGAAAAAUUUUGCUCGAGACGACCUAAGCGAGAUGGAUGACUCAGAAGAUCUCGUUGCACUACUGGAAUUCAACUAUGAUAUGACGAGUGAGUUGUCUGAGCCCGAUCCACAAACAAUGAAGCCAAAUGAUGCGUAUAUUCACGAUGCCAUUCUUUCGAUUAAACAAACUGGUAGAUUUUCACGUUCGACAAACGAUAAGCAAGAUCAGUUAUUAAUGUGUAUACCUGGUCCUGGUGGCACAGGAAAAUCUCAAUUGAUUCAUGCAAUUACAGAAUAUUUUUCAACAACAAAACGCAGUCAUGAACUACGAAAACUAGCACCAACAUCGAAUGCUGCAGCCCAGAUUGACGGUCUCACAAUACACUCUUUCACAUCAUAUAGAAAUCUAAAAAAGAUAAGCGGAGUUCAACGAACAACGAUCGAAAAAGAAUGGCAACAUAUUAGAUACAUAAUCAUUAAUGAGAUGUCAAUGGUGGGGCUUUACUUAUUAGGACAACUUGGUGGUUUGUUGACGCUAGCCAAGCACUGCGGUCCAAGCAUACCAUCUGGAGACAUUAACGUCAUAUUCUUUGAAGAUUUCAUCCAGUACGAUCCUGUGGGAGAUCAGGCAUUGUAUUCCGACAUUAUUUCCGAUAAAACACAGAAGAAGAAAAAAAUCAAAGAGAUACGUGCUGCUACAUGUGCAUUGGGACGAGCACUGUGGGAACAAAUAAACACUGUAGUAAAGUUAGAAAAGCAGAUGAGAACAAGUGACUCAAGAUAUCUGCAACUUCUUCAACGUCUUCGAAAAGGCGAAUGUACAGUUGAUGAUCAUGAAUUACUGACGACACGAGUUGUAGACCCAAAUCACGAUGUGAAAUCUCUCGAUACAAAUGUAUGUACGUCCGUCGCACUCGCUGGUCGCCAUAUGUAUGUACGUCCGUCACACUGUCACAUGACUAUAUGUAUGUACGUCCGUCACACUGCCACAUGA